AACCCCGCUCUCCUCACUUUUCAUUUUUCAUCUUCAUCGUUUUCUCCUCUCUCGCUCUCUACCUCAUCUUUUGGCUAUUCUCAUCAUCAUCGGAUAUGGCUUCUCGUGUCAUCCAACUCCCCUGCAACGGCGACGGUGUAUGCAUGCGAUGCAAAUCCAAGCCUCUGCCUGAAGUAACUCUCACUUGCGGCACAUGCGUUACGCCGUGGCACGUGUCCUGUCUCUCGUCUCCUCCUGAAACCCUAGCAUUCACUUUCGAUUGGCUUUGUCCUGAUUGCUCCGGCGAUAUCGAUCCUCUUCCUGUUUCCGGCGUUGCGGCCGGGUACGGAUCUGGUUGUUCAGAUCUUGUAGCGGCCAUCCACGCCAUCGAGGCGGAUGCGUCUUUGAGUGCUGAGGAGAAGGCAAGGAAGAGGCAACAGGUAAUGAGUGGUAAAGCCGUCGCUGAGGAUGACGAAGAAGAGAAGAAGAAGAUGAAGAAGGGUAAAGGAAAAAGUGAUGUGUUAUCUACUCUUGAUGAAAACUUCAUAUGUUUUUACUGUAUGUCGUUACUUGACCUACCUGUAACGACACCAUGUGGGCACAACGUUUGCUUGAAAUGUUUCAAGAAGUGGAUGAGCGCUAAUAAAAAACCUACAUGUGGAAAGUGCCGCACCGUUGUUCCUCUAAAAAUUGCAAGAGAUCCCCGUAUCAACUUGUCCAUCGUCGCUGCUAUUCGGUUAGCAAAAGACCCUAAACGUGCUGAUGAUGCGGGUACUUCAAAGGACCGUCAUUUCGUUAGCAACCAAGACCGACCAGAAAAAGCAUUUACAACUGAGCGUGCAAAGAAAACAGGAAACGCAAAUGCUUCAGGUGGCAGGAUAUUUGUCACCAUGCCAAACGAUCAUUUUGGUCCCAUACCAGCGGAAAAUGAUCCUUGUAGGAACCUCGGUGUCUUGGUCGGGGAGUCCUGGGCGGACCGACACGAGUGUCGACAGUGGGGGGUGCACUUCCCACAAGUCUCUGGCAUUGCCGGCCAAGCCAAACACGGAGCUCAGUCCGUGGUGAUUUCUGGUGGUUACGUCGAUGAUGAGGACCAUGGGGAGUGGUUCCUAUAUACUGGAAGCGGAGGAAGAGAUCUCAGUCGCAACAAAAGGACUGCCAAGAUUCAGUCUCAUGAUCAAGUAUUCAAAAAUAAAAAUGCAGCUUUAAGACUUAGUUGCAAGAUGGGGUAUCCUGUUCGAGUUAUCAGGUCUCACAAGGUGAAGUGUCAUUCUGCAUAUGCCCCUAUGGAAGGAGUGAGGUAUGAUGGGGUUUACAGGAUUGAGAAGUGCUGGCGGAAAGUUGGAAAACAGGGUUCUUUUAAGGUCUGUCGUUACCUAUUUGUUAGAUGUGACAAUGAGCCAGCUCCAUGGACCAGUGAUGAGCAAGGAGAUCGUCCAAGACCUAUACCUAAUGUUCCUGAACUUAAUAUGGCCACGGACCUGUUUGAGAGAAAGGAAAGUCCAUCGUGGGAUUUUGAUGAAGGUGAAGGCCGUUGGAGAUGGAUGAAGCCUCCACCUGCUAGUAAAUUGCAGGUGAAUAAGGAGAGGAAAAGUUUGAGGACAGCAAACUCGAAUACCGUGAGGGGAAAACUUCUGAAAGAGUUUAGUUGCCUGAUCUGUCGACAAGUGAUGACUCUUCCUGUGACAACACCUUGUGCUCAUAACUUCUGCAAGCCAUGUUUGGAAGCUAAAUUUGCUGGGACAACUGUAAUGAGAGAGAGAAGCAGAGGUGGACGUACACUACGCGCACAGAAGAAUGUCAUGAAAUGCCCUUAUUGUCCCACUGACCUUUCUGAUUUUCUCCCGAACCUUCAGGUCAAUAGAGAUGUAAUGGAUUUGAUAGAGAGGCUGAAGAAUGAGGAAGAGGAGAACGCAGAGCCUGAAGGUAAUGAAGGUGAAAGCUCUGGUACCAAUUCUGAGGAAGAAACUGAUGUGUUCGUGUCUGAAGAGGCUGAGCAGCCAAAGAAACGGAUUAAGUUGGACACUGACGCAGUGAUUACCGAGGCUGUCGUUGAAUCAGACAUGGAGUAGGUAGGGACCUUUCCAAUGGCAGUUUUUGGAUCGAACCAUCAGGCCAAGUUUGAGACUAUAUGGUUUUGUUUUGCAAGUUUAAGACUUUAAUUUUAAUUAAAACUCUAGUACGUAACAUUCGUGGAACGUAUUGCGAUCUGUUUAUUUUGUAUUUUACUUCAACAGAGUACUAAAUAUAGUACUUAAAAACUUGGUUCUCCGGUUUGA